UGCGGACAAGGCCUACCUCUGUUCCCCAAGUUAGGUCUCCUCCCAGACAUUGUGAAGAUUGCUGUGCACGGAAGACCUGGGGCGGGUGUCAGGCGACUGUCUCUGUGAGAGGAUUGCGCCCUUUAGCAGUAGCAUAGAUUUUGGUUCUUCUGAGAUCCAGGUUCUGUCUCCUCCCUCCCCCACUCCCCGCUCUCUCUCCAUCUCUCUCUACCCCACCCCCAACCCUUCCCUCUCCUGUGCCCCUCUCCCUCUCCUACCCCGCGCUUCCCCCGACCCCCGCCCUGGUAGUUUAAUUUUUUCCGAGCGCCGCGUUACCCACUUUCUCUUUCCCUGCCCCCAUAGUUUCUCUUGUAGGCCUUCCCCGGGAAUGGGGAGAAGAAAGACAAGAAUAGUUCUCUGCAGAGUGGGCAUAAAGCCUGUCACAUGCCAGCAUAAGAGGAAGUGAGAUUAAGCUAUAGAAAAGUUGUGCAACGUAGUGGAUAGUCUGCCGUGGAAUCACCCGGGUUCCAGUGCUUCCCAUGUUAUUAGCUGUGUGGCCGUCUGGAAAGCACUUAACCUAUUAGCUCGUCAGGAGUAUCCUCAAAGAACAGAAAAACAUCGCCCUAAAUUAUAAACGUUAGCAUCGCUAUAGUGAUCCAUCUUUUGCUAUACAAAUUUAGAAUGGCUACAUCCUUUAACCCUGAGGCUCUGGAAGAGCAAGAGGAUCUUUUUUUAGUGAAAGAGGAAGCACAUUAUUGGGGGCAAGAAUCAAGCUUGCAACAUGAUCGCAGCACAAGCGAGCUCUUCCGGCAGCAUUUCAGGCAGCUCUGCUAUCAGGAAACGCCUGGGCCUCGUGAAGCUCUAACUCGACUUCGUGAGCUUUGCCACCAGUGGCUGAGGCCGGAGAUGCACACUAAAGAACAGAUUUUGGAGCUCUUGGUAUUGGAGCAGUUCUUAACUAUCCUACCCAAGGAUCUGCAGACCUGGGUGCAGGAUCAUCAUCCAGAGAAUGGAGAGGAAGCAGUAACUGUCCUGGAGGAUUUGGAAAGAGAAAUUGAUGAACCAGAAUACCAGGUCCCAGCCCAUGUACAUAGACAGGAAAUUGUCUUGGAAGAGAUGGCACCUAUGGGAACAUCAAGAACAUCAACUGAGUCACUGACUAUCCAUCUCAAUCCCAGGAAAACCCAGCUGAAAUGGAAAUCUUGGGAACUUUAUCCAUUACAAGAGAAUGAUGAUGAAACCAGAACUGAAGAUGUGGGGUCAAUUCAGAAGGAAGAAGUUUCCAAAGACAUGGAAGCACUUGGGGAUAUAUAUGGCAGACUCAGUGGGCACAUUUCCUGGGAUCCUGUGUUCAGAGAAGGCUUUGAAUCUGAGGGCAGAUCAGAAUGGCAACAGGAAAAUCUUGCUGAGAAAAGACGACACAAAUGUGAUGAAUGUGGGAAAGGUUUCAGUCAUAGCUCAGACCUUAGUAAACAUAAGAGAACCCAUACAGGGGAGAAGCCGUAUAAAUGUGAUGAGUGUGGAAAAGCCUUUAUUCAGCGUUCCCAUCUCAUUGGACAUCAGAGAGUUCACACUGGAGUGAAACCCUAUAAAUGUAGAGAAUGUGGGAAAGAUUUCAGUGGUCGAACAGGCCUUGUUCAACAUCAGAGAAUCCACACUGGAGAGAAACCCUAUGAAUGUGAUGAGUGUGGGAGACCCUUCCGUGUUAGUUCAGCUCUUAUUCGACAUCAGAGAAUCCAUACAAACAAGUUCUAUUGAUGAAAAUCAUAAAAACUUUCACUAAUAGCUGAAGCUAGACAUAUAAUCAAAACAAGACAGAGAUUUUAUGAAUGUCCAAUGUGGGAAAAUAUCAUUAACCAUUGAAACCUUAUCUGGAAUAAGAGAAUCCAACAGAGCAUUUUUGUUUGUUUUAAUUUGCCAGACCAAUUUGGUGGGGGGAGGAAAGGGUGAGAGAUGGGGACUAGGGCAAAUGAUGUUUUAAAAGGCCAACAUUGUCCUUAAAUUGAUUUUAGAGAAAGCUGUUUACCUCAUAAUAUUUUCUGGAAUGAAUGGCUAUGGAGACUAAUACUCCAUCAUUCAACCUCUCUCCCAAAUGCCUUCCAUUCUUGACUGCAGUGGUAAGUCAAUGUGUGACUUUAGCUAAGUCACAUUCUGUGCCUCAGUUUUACCUUCUUUAAAUUGUGGAAGUUAAUCCCAGCACUAUUCACAGGUAUGUUGUGAGAAUAAACUCAUAGUCAAUGGAAA